UAAUUGUGGAACGAAGUGAAACAAUGGAUUGCGUCAGGGAUUCGUCGACAUCGCCGAGCUACGAAACCAAAACGAAAUCCACUGCAACUCCGAGCGCAGCAACUGCAUUGUGUUUCUCCGAAGUUUCUCCGUCCGAUCUGUGGAUCCGAGCUCGGAGAGAGGAAGGAGGAACCCGCCGGCACCGGAGAAUGGGGCUCUGCAUCUCGAAGCCGGAGGGUCGCGCCCGAGGGAGAUUGGUUUCGUCGGGAAAGAGGAAUCGGAGGCGGAGAAGAAGGAGUAUCAAGCGGCGGCCGUCCUCUCAGAGGCUUGAUUCGUCUUCUGCACCCAAUCGUCCUCAUUCUACUCCUACAUGUGCAGCUAGAGGAAGUGUCGAUGCGGCAUGGUUUGAUUCUACUUCAGUCCUUGAUUCAGAAUUGGACGACGAGUUUUAUAGCGUUCGUGAUGAUGUGUUGUCUCUGAACGGCUCUGAGUUCGCAUCCAGAUUAAGUGUUUCUUCUCCAAAGCAUCGAAACACCAAGGAACAUAAUGAAAAUAAUGUGUCAAAUCUUGCUAAGAGAUCUAGUGAUUGCAGAAAUGAUUUGACCCCCAUUUUUGUGGAUGAAGUUUCCACAGAGGGUGAAAAUGGUAAAGGAGGCGGCGAGACUGCUGAGUUGAAUCACUGCGGGCUUCUACCAAAUACUUGCUUGCCCUAUCUUGCUGCUGCUGGACCCUCGCUUGAAAGAAAGAGACAAAUCAACCAAGGAACCCCAAGUCUAAGGAGAAGAGCAUCUUCAAAACUCUCAUUUAAAUUGAAGGAGGGGCACAAUGAUCAGAUGAUAUUUUCACCAAGGGCACCUUUACAAAGACCAAUAGCUGGCAUUUCAGUUCCUCACUGUCCAAUAGAGAAGAGAAUGCCUAAUUGUUGGUCGCCUAUUGAUCCCAAUGUUUUCAAAGUCCGAGGGAAAAAUUAUUUUAGGGAUAAGAAGAAAGAGUUUGCUCAAAAUUGUGCUGCAUUUUAUCCCAUUGGAGCUGAUGUCUUCUUGUCUCAGAGAAAAAUUGAUCAUAUUGCCCGUUUUGUGGAACUUCCUGCCAUAAAUCCAGCUGGAGAUGUCCCUUCUAUUCUUGUAGUGAAUGUUCAGGUACCCUUGUAUCCUGCUACAAUCUUUCAAGGAGAAAAUGAUGGUGAAGGAAUGAGUUUGGUCAUGUACUUUAAGCUAUCUGAGACUUAUUCGAAGGAGCUUCCAAAUUCUUUCCAAGAACAUUUUACUAAAUUAAUUAAUGAUGAGGUCGAAAGGGUUAGAGGUUUCCCUCUGGAUAGCAUUGUACCAUUUAGGGAAAGAUUGAAAAUUAUGGGCAGAGUGGUAAAUGUGGAGGACCUUCAUUUGAGUGCAGCUGAAAAGAAGCUUAUGAAUGCUUACAAUGAAAAACCUGUCCUUUCACGACCUCAACAUGAGUUUUACUUGAAUCAUAUCCUGCAGGGGGAGAAGUACUUGGAAAUCGAUUUGGAUAUGCACAGAUUUAGCUACAUCUCAAGAAAAGGUUUCGAAACGUUUAACGACAGACUGAAGCUAUGUAUCUUGGAUUUUGGCUUGACCAUUCAGGGAAACAAGACAGAAGACUUGCCAGAACACAUGUUAUGUUGCAUUCGACUAAACGAAAUCAAUUACUCUAAUUAUCAGUCAUUAGGUUGUUAAGUGCAGCAAGAUCGUCAGCUAUUGAUUGAUUUCAGAGAGGGAGGCCCAGAAAUAAACGCAGUGCUGUUCAGUAAAUAUAAGGUUAGCAACAACAACAAAAAAUAAAAGCAUCGUCCAUAUUGUAACUCAUUUUGGCACAAACAUAAUGUAUACUGCUAUAUUCAGUGUGUAGAUCUUGUACAACGAUUCUUUGUCCCUUUUAGUUCUGUUAACGAUAGGUAAUUCUUAGAUACAGAAUUUGAUAAAUACAAACAGAAAAAAAAAAAAAAAGGUCCAAGUGCCAUUUUUCUUGUUUCUGUUAACAUUACAGAAUUGUAAGUUUCUGAAUUGAAAAUGAAAUCAUUGGUUUAUUUGGGGUCUCU